AGAAAGAUGGCGGUGCAAAAUGGCGAUCUCUGCUCCCUAUGUAGACACAAACGGUUCGUCCUAAGGUAACGAAAAAAAGGAGGAUUCUUUUCAGAGUUUUGACGAGAGAAGACAUAUCAAACAUGCCUGCGAUGAAAGGGCGGGACAGUUUUGCUUCUUUCAAGAUGAAUCAGCCUGAUGCAUCUUCAUCACACCUUGAGGAAGUCAAGGAGAAAUGCAGCCGAACAAGACCCCUGGCAGCAGACACACAAUACUGAAGAGACCGAGCCGGCUGUCCGGUGCGCCCUCCUCCCUGCUGCCAUGGCCGCGGAGGCUGCCGGUCGGGAUGCUGCGACGGCCGGACCUGCAGACUGCACUGAGAUGGAGGAGCGGCAGAAGGACGGGAACAUGAAGGCUGAUUUGGAGGCUUCUCUGCCUGCUGGACAGGAGGACUUUGCGAUCCAGUGCCGAGAUGUGUGCCGGUCAUAUGGCAAGCUGAAGGUCCUCAGCAACCUCAACCUGACGGUGCCACAGGGACACAUUUAUGGCCUUUUGGGGCCCAGUGGUUGUGGGAAGACCACACUUCUGAAAUGCAUCGUGGGAACUUUGAAAAUCUCACGUGGUCGCAUCACCGUGUUGGGGAAGCCACCUGCAUUCCCCGGUCACGGGGUGCCGGGGAGGAUGGUCGGGUACAUGCCGCAGGAGCUGGCGUUGUACAACGAGUUCACCAUCGGUAACACCCUGACCUUCUUCGGCCGAAUCCACGGACUGACGUGGAAGGAAACAGAGGCACGCAUGAAUUUCCUCAUAGACUUCUUGGAUUUACCUCAGAAGCACAGUCUGGUCCGCAAUCUCAGUGGCGGUCAGAGGCGCAGGGUGUCUCUCGGCGCAGCUCUGCUUCAGAAUCCAGAGCUGCUCAUCCUGGAUGAACCGACAGUCGGAGUGGACCCUGUGCUCAGGGCUAAGAUCUGGCAGCAUCUGGUGGAGAUUGUGAGGACGGGGAAAGUCUCUGUCAUCAUCACCACGCACUACAUAGAGGAGGCCAGGCAAGCCAAUGUGGUCGGUCUCAUGAGGAACGGUCGUUUGCUGGCUGAAGGACCUCCGGAGGCAGUCAUGAAGCAACACAGUGCAACAACCCUGGAGCACGCCUUCCUGCAGCUGUGUGAGACAUCUGACCAGAUCGGGUCUAAACGAGGGUCCAGUCCACCUGGUGCGCCACUAGAAAACAGCCAGUCAUUCGAGAGCGGGCGGGACGAGAGUCACCCAAUCCUUGCGAUUGGACCGGUAGCUACAGAGGAAGUCCCCAAAUUUUCAGCGGACUGGAAGGUGAGAGCAAGACACGUCCUGCCCAAGUGGAGAAACAUCGCUGCCCUGAUGAUUAAAACAUUGGUGCGGAUGAAGAGAAUGCCAGGCUCGUUGUGUUUCCAGUUCUUGCUGCCCGUCAUCCAGGUCUCUCUGAUCUGUUUGUGCAUUGGAAGAGACCCAGAGGGGAUCCAGGUUGCGGUGGUGAACAACGAGACGUCCCCCUCCUCCUACAGCCAUUCACUGCUCUCCUUCCUGGACAACUCAAGCGUGCAGCAGGUGCCCUUGUCCCAUACUGAGGCCUUCGAUGGGAUCCAUAACGGAGAAUACUGGGGUGUCAUCGGCUUCGGCAAGAACUUCACCAGCUACCUGACAAAAAGGAUGAUGCAGCGGCAGGUUUCUAGAGACGUGGUCGACGGAGGAUCGGUGCACCUCUGGCUGGACCUGACAAAUCGACAAAUUGCUGUUAUGCUGCAGAAGAAACUCCACGAGGCCUUUGAGGCUUUUGUGGACAACAAGUUGGGUAGUAUGUCGUACCUGGUCGCACUGCCAAUAAAGAUUGAGGAUCCAGUCUACGGCAGCCAAAACACAGACUUCACUACGUUUGUGACACCCGGAGCUGUGCUCAGUAUCACCUUCUACCUGGCCGUGGGUCUGACAGCUCUCUCAUUUGUCCUGGAGAGGAAGGAGGGGCUUUUGGACAGAUGCUGGGUCGCAGGUGUGAGCUCUUUGGAGACGAUGCUAGCUCACCUCUUCUCUCAGCUGUUUGUCAUCAGCGUUCAGAUCAUCCUGCUGCUCCUCUUCAUACUGCUCGUCUUCAAGAUGCCUAAUGAAGGCUCCUUGGUGCUGGUCAUAAUUCUGAUUGUGCUGCAGGGCAUCACCGGCAUCUCGUUUGGCCUCGUCAUCUCGGCGGCAAUCGACGACGAGCAGAGUGCAAACCAGGCCGCCCUGGGCAUCUUCUACCCCAACCUCAUCAUCAGCGGUAUCAUCUGGCCUGUGGAGUGUAUCCCGUAUCCUCUCCGCUACGUCAGCCUGGCUCUUCCUCAGACCUACGCCUCCGAAGCCCUUCGCUGUAUCAUGUACAGAGGUUGGGGUCUGUCUCGGAUGAUGGUGUGGCGAGGCUUCGCCGUCACCCUGGGCUGGAAUACUUUCUUCCUCAUCCUGGCCACGGUCAUCUUAAAGCUGAGGACGUGACGGCCUCGCCCCAGAGUUCCUCCUUCAGCGUGGGGGACAGAGCCGUCAGGUGAAGCCCAGGAGCCCAACGACUCACCUGGGCAUCCUGUCUUUGGAUGGAGUGGGGGCAGCAGAGCAGGAGGAGGGAGGGGGUCACUGUGGUUUAAGGGACUGACUGGGAUGAUGCAUCAGUCUCCCUCCUCCAUGUUGUCUGUCUCACACACGCACACCGAUCAGCUGCCUGAUCCUGCAACAGUUGCUUUGGCCUGCGUGGGUGAAAUUUCAAAAUGCUGCACGUAGAGGUGCAAGACAGAAUAUGUACAUGCACAAUGUGAGAAUAUAUGUUAUAUAAUUAAUGUAAAUCAGAACAGUGUUUAGUUUGUUUCACUUCUAUGUGCAGCUUGUUGGAACUUUUCACCCCCAUAAUGGGCCAUGUACCAACUCAGGGUCACUUUUUUAUUUCUGUUUGCCCUCUCUCUGAAAGCUCACAGAGAGAUUUAACGGUGAAUAUACUGACUAUAACUGUGGGACGAUUGUUUUGUCCGCACAGUGUUUGUUGCCUACCUUAUAUCUGCAUUAUAGAGAAACAUGUAUGUAAAUGUGUGAAGGACAAAAAAUCAGCACAAAAUAAUGUUUUUGUCAACAAAAAAAUGUGAAAACUUUUUUAUUUUUUCCGGUUGCUUUACAAGCAGAAAUGUCAAGGACAGGAUUGUUGUUGCAUUAUGUCGUGGGAACCAAGAAUAGGUUUUAAAAGUGCUGAUCGCUUCAUAUUGUCAAGGAAAUUCUCACCCGUUCAGGUUUCCCACAACAACAGUACCUUCCUUAGAUGCUUGCUUCUUGAUACUGUGUUCAGAUUUACGUCAGUCCUGUCUGGUGUGUGACAGGAAGUGGUAACCCCUCAUUACCAGGUGCUCAGCUGCAAACCGUCAUCGUUCUCAGUUCAGGUCGAUGGUGUUCUCCUUAACUUGUGUUUUGUGCCUGCAUCUCCUGUGGGAGAGAAAAUGUUUGGUUUGAAGGUGGUGAUGGGAAAGCUCCACUUUGCUGGACAGAGUGGAGGCUGUUGGAUAGAUCCUUGUCGCAGGUCAGGUGAAGUCUGCAUCCAUGCAAUAUAUGUUUUUCAGCCUGCUCAUACUUUACACUUUGUUUAUGACUCUUUCACCAACAAUAACACAGAGUAAAAGCACACAGGAGUAAUGCUGUUUUGGAACAUGUCACGGAGAUGUGGGGAUGUUUUGGUGCCUGCACUGUGGGGAAAGGGAAGCAAAAUAAAGAAAUGAAGAAUAACUGUAAAAUCUAAGCCGCCAUGCAGCUAAAUUGUAGUUUGAAGUGAGAGGGAAAAGACUGAGUUUGAGUCAGAAUACUUGAUUUUUCUUCCUUUUUGUGUACAAAAGAAUCAGUAAAUCUCUUUAUUUUGACUUUAUAUUAUUGGAUUUUUAAAAAAUACAACACAUUAUUUUGUUUAUAAAGGUCUAGUCUGUACGAUUUAGUGGCAUCUAGCAGUGAUGUUGCAGAAAACUAUGGUGGCUGAUGCGAGAACGCACAUGGCCCUAUCUAGAGCCAGUGUUUGCUGUGUCUCUUCUGGACCACUGUAGAAUAACAAGGUGGACUCUGUUGAAGAGAACUCCACUCCAUAUGUAGAUAUAAAUGGCUCAUUUUCAGGUAAUGAAAACAUGAGGAUUCUUAUUUUCAGGUGGAUGUACACUUAAGAAAACAUAGUCAUGAAUAUUAUAUUCCAUUUCUGACAAUAUAUCCUCCUAAAUCCUACACACUGGACCUUUAAAACAAUGAUCAGUCUUUAGAUUGUGGGGUAUUUGUCCAGUUAUAAGUGAGACUGUUAAAAUAAUGGAUGAUAAAAUUGGAAAGGGUAAUUGGAAAAUAAAGUAAUCACAUUAUUUAAAAAAAAAAAAAAAAAAAAAAGAUAACUGUACUCUGUUAAUGAUAAAUUACACCCAGUUCAUGUCUUUGCAUUUUGGACAGACUGAUCCCUAAAUCAGUGAGCUCUUUGACUUGACCAUGUGUUCUACCUUUAAAGGAAUAAUUCCACAUCUUGCAUAUUUACUUUCUUGCUGAGAGUUAUAUGGGAAGAUCAGUACCACUUUUGUGAGGCAGCACAGUGGUGCAGUGUUGCCAUUCUGGCCAUUCUGUGUUUAGUUUGCAUGUUCUCCACGUGUCAGCGUGGGUUUUCUCCGGGUUCUCCAGCUUCCUCCCACAAUGCAAGUGCAUGUAGAUUAGGUUAGAUGUUGACUCUAAAUUGCCCAUAGGUGUGAAUGGCUGUCUGUUUUAUGUGUCAACCUUGUGAUAGUCUGAUGGAUGCACGGACAUUUUCAGAACAAAAUAAAACGGGCUGCAGUGAGAGUAUCUCUCCAUGGGAUGUUUAAAAAUAGUGGGUUUGUGCAUUUAGUCCUUCUCAGGCAAGCUCAGGGGUUUAGUGUUGCUGGAGCCCACAGGAACGACGCUCCCAACGCUUUUUCUUUUCUCCAAGUGAGGAUUAGAAUAUAUGCAGUUCACAUAAUCCGGUCAAAAUUAAUAUAGAUAAAUGCUUAAAGAUCCACUCAUUACUAAAAGUGUAUGUUAUAUAAAAAAUAAAGUUAUGGUCAAAGUUGUCACAGUGAAAUUUAAGGUGUGUUGAUUCACGUCGUCAACUGUGAGAGGCAGCAAAACAUCCUUUCAUUUUAUAGUUUACUAAUAAAACUCUCCACGGUAUGAACAGUGGUUACAUGAGCCUCAAAACCAGCCACAACUCAGCCCUGAGCAGAGUGACCGUCCUCUAUUGACCAAUCAGACUGCAGUGUUCACAGCUCCACCUUUUAGUACCAGAUCUGUGUGCUAGGUACCCCAACAGAGGGGGGACCAAACAUGGGGACGGUACAGAACGGUUCUAUUGGUACCAUCCACAACUUUUUACAGUGGAAACAGAAAGAAAUGCGUGCCGAACUGAACUGAACUGUAGCAGCCAGUUAGCUUAGCUUAGCACAAAGACUGGAAACAGGGGGAAACAGCUAGCCUGGCUCUGUAAUAGAGGUAAUAAAAUCUGUAUACGAACAUCUCUAAAUCUCAUUUCUUCUUGUCAUGGCACAGCAGCUUCCUCACUGUUUCCCCAUUUCCGGUCUUUAUGCUAAGCUAAGCUAAGCUAAUCAGCCACUUGGUGUAGCUAAAUAUUUAGUGUACAAAGACAAGAGUGGUACUGAUCUUCUCUUCUAACUCUUGGCAACAAAGCAAAUAGGUAUAUUUUCCAAACCUUUGACAGACCCACAGUGUUGAAAGGCAGACUACAGACUCUGCAUCACAUGUUGUGCCAAUCUCACAAAGACUUGUUUACAUUCGUCUGGAUGCACGCCUAAUACAGCAGAAUAUUUCCUUAAUAGCAAAUGUUUUACCUAUUCAUGCUGUAGGACUAAACACAUAUACCAGCAUGUGUUGUGUUCCCCUGACUGUUCCCUCUGUCUCUGCCCAGUUAUAUUAAUGUACUGUAGAAUUUGUGUGUCCUUUAACAUGAUAAAUAAUGAAUCUGAAUCCCUCUGAUUGGUUUGCACCGGAUUACGUCGUGCUCUUAUGGUAAAGUCGUGUGUAAAGUCAGAUGUUGAAUCUUGAGGAGGGAGCUCCCUGCGCUGUAAAUCUGCUGUCGCUCUGCUGUACAUUCAUCAAUGUUCCUGCUGCACAUUUUAAGGGACACUGUGUUCUUGUUUGGUAGAAACAGGAGAGCCAAACUGUGAGGAUGUAAUACUGUAGCUCUGUUUAUACUCUUACCUUGACAGAAAAUUGAAUCCCACAUGCUGCUGGGAUUACCUCUGUGCCCCGCUAUUCCCAUCACACAAUAAUGUAUUUUAUAAAGUUUAAAAUGGUGGACAGUUUCUGGUAAAAUUGGCAACACUUGCGAGAAAGUAUGGACCUUAUUGGGUAAUAUUGUGAGUGCAUUUUUAAAAAAAAAAUUGAACAAUUUAUAUUUAAGAUUGUCAUGGUGAUUUUUGUUCUAAUCUAUGUACAAAACCAACUAACCAUUUUUCUAAAAAGCAGACAUCUUAAAGCAAAUCACCUGAUGUAGAAAGCAUUUUAUAAGAUUUACAUGAACUGCAAUUAUACUACUGAAGACACUAUUUCAAAAGCUGAAUUCUUACUGAACUUUUCAGCCUCUGUGUUGCACCCAACGCUACAUGACUGCCUUAGGAUACCUUCUGCAUGUGGUUUAUGUCUGUGUUGUUUUGUUUGUGGUAUGAAGUGGGCGGGGGGUCAUGUUUUUCCAUGCAGUAAUCAGAAUUUUAGCAAUAUUUAAAUGAAAAUUUGAUCAAACCACAGCUGCACAGCCCUGAUGAAGCAGAUUAUCUGAGUUUUGGAGUGCUAAACUCUUAAUAAAUAAUACCUAUGGAUGUUUUCUUUUAACGUUUGGGGCUUAUAAGUCUAAAGAGUGUUAGAUUUAGGGGGAUUUAGUGUCAUUUUGUGGUGAGGAAUACAGAUUGCAUCCAGCUGAAACUUCUCCCAGUUAGAAUUCCUUCAUCAUUCAUUGUUCAGGAGGUUUUUAGCAGGAGCUGAAUUAUCUGCAAAGGUCUCUUCCUCCAAAACAGACAGACCAGGGGUGUUCUUUAUAAAACAAUGCAUUGGCUCCAUACCAAAAAUGGCAUGCGCCAAAAAAUAUUAGACAAUUUCUACAAUCAGGCUUCCACCUCAACAUCUGUGUUGCCAGUUUCCUGUCUCCAAAAUGUUCGUAAGCAUGGGUCAAAGUUUCUCCCGUCAAGUCUGUCUUUAUAGAUCACUACUUUUGCGUGGGAAGUGGCUAGCACGUGUAGUACUACGCAUUGUUCAGGCCUUGUUUUUUGCAUAUGCAAUGUUUAUAAAUGAGACCCCAGGUGAUUAAAACUGGUUAAAACACUGAAUAAAGUAGCUUUACAUUACAAAUAUGUAUUUCUCCAAAGCUGUUUAGCAUGUUGGAGACGAGCCGCUAGCCUAGCACCUGCUUAUCUGUGCUCACCUUAUUUCUCUGAUGACGUAAGAUCCAGACGUUCAGGAGGUUUUUACCAGGAGCUGAAUUAUCAGCAGAGGUCUCUCAGAGUUGGUUAUUUAAGUCGGUAAAAACACUGAAUAAAGCAGUUUCAGGGAAACAAAAUCUGUGUUUUUCUGACACUCGUUGUGGAGGGGCUGCUAACUAUAGUGGCCGACAUGAACACAUGAAUGGCCCUAUCUAGAGCCAGUGUUUGGUUCAGUGCAACAUGUUGAUCUCUGUAGGUAAGGAACUGCUCCCUAUGUAGAUAUAAACGGCUCAUUCUAAAGCAACAAAAUCAUAAUGAUUGUUAUUUUCAGGUGAUUAUACACUAAAGAAAACAUACUUAUUGUAUUAUAUUCUAUCUCUGCUAAUAUAUCCCCCUGAAUCCUACAUGCUGGUACUUUAUUACGCCAUUAAAAUUUAAAUACUGAGUACAUAGCCCCCUUUUAUUCAGAUUUUUUACUUUGUGUGGUUAAUACUGGGACGUUGCAGUUCAUGUAAACAGAUGUAAUGUUAUGAAUUCCACUCUGCUCCAAACUCCUCUCGACUACCUCCGCUGUGUCUCCCUAAAGGGCAUGUGAAGCAUUUCCACUCCUGUGUUGUGACAUGUAUGCACUGUGAUAGCAGACAUGCUUUGAUGAAGGCUUAUUCAUGUAUUUUGAAAGAAUAAACCUCUUUGAGAAAUCCU